AUGACAAUCAGAGAAGACCCUGAUGAGCUUUAUGAUAUCUUUGACACUCUUAACGGAGCAGGGGUGGCAUACCUGCUGGUCAACCACAAGGAACGAAUGGGACUCAAGAUCAUUAACAAGGUUGAUAUAUUUGUCGCUGAAGGCAGCUUGGAGGUAACUAACAUUGAUACUUCCAAGGCAUGCUAG